AUGGCAUCGUCACUCAAGGAGAGGGCAGCUCGCUUGGUGAGGGAGACCACGGAGCCCGAGAAGACCGAGAAGGCCAAGAAAGAUCCGUGUUCAGCUUGGAGGAGACUCUCGCUGGCACUCCUGGCUUUGAUCAAGGUGGCUCAGGAUCAAAUGAUCGUGGACUAUCUCAUGAAGACCAAGAACGAGGACUUCGAGCAGGAGAAGCUGAACCUCCAGCGGCACACCAACAAGAGCCUGAAGAAGAAGACCGUGAACGACAUCAGGCAGGGGAUCGGCGCCCAACUGUCAAGGUCGGUAGCCCAGAAGAACUGGAACCGAGAACCAGCCGAAUGUCCCCACGAACACGAGUACCUACGGCACCGAGCGGGCCGGGGUUGCUAUUGGUGGACGUGCCUUCAAUGCGGAUCCCGGUGGGAACGAAUGCCACUGGAGAACGCCACAGCCAGCAGCAGCACGUCUACGGUGAGGUGCAAUGCGCCAACGACCGAGCACCCCAAGGUACUGCCGCCGCCACGCAGCCGCCAGGACAUCAGCUUCAAGAAGGUCACCGUCAGCAAGGUGACCAGCUACCCCAUCAAUUCGACGGUCACGUCGGAGGGCCUGAUGCAGGAGAUGCCGGAGGACUCAAAGGAGCCCGGCGGCACGACCCUGGAGAAGACCAACGGCGAGACCGACCACAAGUCCAACCAGAACGAGGACCGGAGCACAUCCCAGCAAAGGAGUCGGGGCAGAACUCUCACGGGAACCUUGCCGACACGGAGGGCCAAGACACCAGUGAGGUUCAACAUGGACAAGGAGGUCAUGGAAGUCCACUCCGACACGGACACCUGGGACGAUGUGCAGAUGAUCGACCGGGGCAUUGUGGCCAAGUCCGAAGAAUGA